GGGAGGAGACGACGAUUUGGGCGAGCAAGCGAGCAGAGCCUCCUCGUGAGCGGCGGGGCGAGCGGGGACCCCCUUAGCCCCCCCCCGUACCCACAACCUGCCGGGCGGGGCGAAAGCUCGAGUUUCCCAGCCCCACCGCCCACCCGGAAGCGGAAACGGAGCUAGUCGUGUGCCCCUGCCUCACUGCCCUCCAAAGUCUGCUGCAGCCAUUGCCGCAGCCGCGAUGCCGAAACGAAAGAAGCAGAAUCAGCAGCAGCAGCAGCAACAGCCGCCGCCGCCGCCACAACAACAGCCCGCACUGUGGGACCGGGACGAGCCCGGAGACGAGGAGGAUGAGAGUCCCAUUGGACCACCCAGCCUUCUGGGCCCUCCCCCCAUGGCUAACGGAAAGCCUGGCGAUCCCAAGUCAGCUCUUCACAGGGGCCCUCCAGGAUCAAGGGGACCAAUGAUUCCACCGCUGCUGAGCCUCCCACCUCCUCCCCGGGGCAGAGGCCCUAUUCGAGGAGGCCUCCGUCCUAGAUGUAGUCCAUAUGGUCGUGGUUGGUGGGGCAUCAAUACUGAACCUCCUUUUCCUGGGCCAGGCCAUGGGGGUCCCUUUAGGGAAAGCUUUCACACAGAGCCAAGAAAUCCACGAAGGCUCAAAAGCUGGUCUCUUGCCAAGAACAUCUACCCACCCAGGGACGGCCCCCACAUGAUGGAAGACAAGUCUGACCGCCCUGUCUGCCGACACUUUUCCAAAAAGGGCCACUGUCGCUACGAAGACCUGUGUGCCUUCUACCAUCCGGGGGUCAACGGACCUCCUCUGUGAGACUGUGCCUUCCCACCCAGGCUGGACGGAGCCCUCCGACCUGGUGGCCCCAUUAUAGCUACUCAAGGCUCUUCUGUCACCUUCAGUCGGUGACAUGUCCACCCCACUCAUCAUCUCCCCGGUCAGGGGUCCAGAGUUGUGGCUGUCACUGGUGUGCGGUGCGUGCGGUCUUCUGAUCCAGGCUCCAGAGGCCAUCGGGACCCCAUCUUGCUCCCUUCCACUGCCCCCUGGAUCUUCCCCUCUGCCAAACGACUGCCAGACAGGAGACCUUUGGUGCUGUUGCUUGUGCAUCUGCGCACCUGCCCCCCCCCCCCCAGUAUUGCCCCCCAGUUCCCGAGACCCCCUCCCCCGGCGCAGUCUUAUGUCCUCGACUGCUUGUUUGAAGUCCUUGGAUGUGAAGCCCUGGUGUUUGACUGCACAGGAGACACACCAGGUUGUCUGGCCGUGGGGUCAGGUUUGAGUGACUGGAACAGGCUUGCUCCCCCAACAGCCUCCCCCUGCUUUUGGACGUCCUAGUUUCUUGUGAGUAGCAUGAGCCCCACCGCUAAGGCCUGUGGUCACUGUGCUUUGUGAAACUGUGCGUCCCCUCAUAGCCUUCCUCGGUGUCCGUGACAUUUUUGUGACUUCCCAACUCCAGAUAAGUUUUUCUGCCAAAUUGAGCAAGGCUCUUGGUGCCCUCUAGACUUCACCCACCUCCCAGCAUGGGAGAACGGGAGACUCCUCAGACUGCCUCCCCGUCCUGCCCUCCCUCCUGGUGUCCGUCAUUCUGGGUCUGACACAGGCCAGUGAUACCUUGUGAAGCCGCAGGCAGGACUCACCACUCGGCUCCUGCCUGACUCGUUUUAGUUAGGCCCUAUCGUGAGGCCACCGGCCCUUUCCUUUGACUUGAGUUCUGUGACUCCACCUGGCCUCGUCCUGUCUUUGGGUGGACACCUCUGACCCUCUUCUCUCACAGCCCUGGCACUGGGCGUUUUCUGUGAAAACGGCAGUGAGCACGUUGGGUUUUGAGCUGGCCCUAAGGGAGGUCAGGAGGUGUGUGGGCAAGAGGAGUGAGAGGUGUUGUUGUUUGUUUUGUUUUUUUAAUUUUUUAUAUUAGUAAUAAACAGUGGAAACCGG